CCGCCUCCGCCGCCGGGUUCGGGGGCGGGGCUUCCCUCCAACCUGCGCUGCUCCAACAUGGCUCCGCGGCUGUGCAGCAUCUCUGCGGCGGCGCGGCGGCUGCUGGGGGGUCCGGGGCCCCGCGCUGGGGAUGCCGUGACGGCGGCGCGCUUCUAUUCUAAGGACAAUGAAGGCAGCUGGUUCCGCUCCCUCUUUGUCCACAAGGUGGAUCCCCGGAAGGAUGCCCACUCCACGCUGCUGUCUAAGAAGGAGACCAGCAACCUCUACAAGAUCCAGUUUCACAACGUGAAGCCCGAGUGUCUGGAUGCCUACAACAACCUCACGGAGGCGGUGCUGCCCAAGCUCCACCUGGACGAGGACUACCCCUGCUCGCUCGUGGGCAACUGGAACACGUGGUACGGGGAGCAGGACCAGGCAGUGCACCUGUGGCGCUUCUCAGGCGGUUACCCAGCCCUCAUGGACUGCAUGAACAAGCUGAAAAACAACAAGGAGUACCUAGAGUUCCGGAAGGAGCGGAGCCGGAUGCUGCUGUCAAGGAGAAACCAGAUGCUCCUCGAGUUCAGCUUCUGGAACGAACCCCAGCCCAGGGCAGGCCCCAACAUCUAUGAGCUGAGGACAUACAAGCUGAAGCCAGGAACCAUGAUCGAAUGGGGGAACAACUGGGCUCGGGCUAUCAAGUAUCGGCAGGAGAACCAGGAGGCGGUGGGCGGCUUCUUCUCGCAGAUAGGAGAGCUCUACGUGGUGCACCAUCUCUGGGCCUAUAAAGACCUGCAGUCUCGGGAGGAGACUCGAAACGCUGCCUGGAGGAAGAGGGGCUGGGAUCAAAACGUCUACUAUACAGUCCCUCUGGUGCGACACAUGGAGUCUCGGAUCAUGAUCCCCUUGAAGAUUUCUCCUCUCCAGUGACGCAGCUGCUGCCUCCACCGCCCCCUCUCCCUCAGGGCAGCCCCACGCGGAGGAGCUGUGAGGCCUUCUGUCUCCCAGAUCUGGGAGGACUCUGGGAGCAGGGGCAUCCUCUCAUAGUGCUCAGCUUAGAGAAGGGGGAGCUAAUGAUGUCCGGGUUCUGAGGACUUCAUAGACCCUUCCCAAACCCCCACCACCCCCCUCACCCCCAUCCCUGGGCUAAAAGCAGGUUUGAAUUUCUCUGAAUGAAGAACAGCAGCCUUUUCUGUCUUCUCCUUCUCCUAAGAUUCGUUAUCCCCAAGCCACCAGUCCCUAAUUAUCAUGACAGAAUCCUCUGUCCUGUGACCGUAGCACAAAGUGUAGUGAGGCAUGACUGGUGGUUAGAAGUGUGUGGGAGGGCAGGAUGGCAGACCAGGCCAGGCUCUCAGGAAUUCCCUGGUUUCCACUGGGCUAGUAACCCAUUUGCUGAGCAAAAGUCUCGAACUGGCUGAAAAAUAAACUAGGACGGAGGUGGGGGUAGGAAACUGGCACAGGAACCCAGAAGGUAGAACUUGGAAUUCAGAGCCUGGAUUUAGGAUGCAGUAAUUAGAAUAUGGUAUUAUGGCCAGGGAUGUACCUAGCGGUAGAGCACUGUGUGUGUGGGUCCCUGGGUUCAAUCCCUGGCACUGCCAAAAAAAAAAAAAUUGGGAAGCUAGAGAUGAGAAGUCACUUGGUGGAGGGUUCCUAAUAAAAGACAUGGAUGGGGACGGAGUGAUAGUACACUUGUCCAGCACAUGGCUGACUGAUUUGAUUCCCUGCGCCAUCUUUGACUCCAGGACCCUGACAGGAUUGAUCCCUGGGCACAGAGCCAGGUGUGAGCCUGGAGCUACACUAGGUGUCUCCCCUAAAAGAAAACAAACAGACAAAAAAAUAAAAGCAAAAAGACAUGGAGAGAAGUUCAUCUGUUCUAUCAAUAUAAGUCGAGAACUUGGAUGGAAAGUUCCAGCACUUCUGUGUUGGGAGAGUCUCCUGUCCUCCAGGCACAGCUAUAGGCCUGGCCCUAAAUUUCCGUCACCCCACAUUCCUUUUCUCCCUCUCACAGUCUAUAAUCCCAGCUCUCAUUCCUUAGGGUCCCCAACUGUAUGGUGCAGGGUCAGUGAUUUUGGAGGGAGGGACUCCUCAUUGACCCUGUCACCUCAUAAACCCCUGGGUCACUUGAUUCUGCCACCCUUUUUGGAAAACUUGUUCUGAGGUCGCUGAUGGAACCAAUUAAAUAUUUACUAUAAA